ACUACAGUCUGCAGCGCGUCCGCUCGGCGGUUCUUCUUGCUCUCCGCCAUCUUCACUGCGCGGCACUCACUCCCUGGGACAUGGCCGAUUACAGCAGCGUGGCGCCUCCGAGCUCCGGAUCCGGCGCGGGGAUGAACGACGCGUUUAAAGACGCGCUCCAGCGGGCGAGACAGAUUGCAGCGAAAAUCGGUGGGGAUGGCGUCUCCCCUGCCCCUCCAACCAAUGAAUUUGGAUAUGGUGGACAGAAAAGGCCUUUAGAAGAUGCUGUGUUUUUCAGUGCGGACUACUUUUUGAACAAGACACAAAACAGGACAGCCAAUCAGGACAGAGAUCAGCCAGAAACAAAGAAAGUUGCCCCAAGUGACCCUUUUGCUGCAGUGAUGGGUGGAAUGGGUGGUCUUCCAAGGCCUACAUCAGAGGAGUUCAAGGUUCCAGAUGGCAUGGUUGGAUUUAUUAUCGGUAGAGGAGGAGAGCAGAUAUCGAGAAUACAGCAGGAUUCAGGGUGUAAAAUACAGAUUGCUCCAGACAGUGGUGGUAUGCCUGAACGAUCCGUGACGUUAACAGGCUCUCCAGAUUCAAUCCAGGCGGCGAAGAGGUUACUGUCUGAAAUUGUGGAGAAAGGCAGACCCUCCCCAUCAUUUCAUCAUAAUGAUGGUCCCGGGGGAUCAGUUCAGGAGAUAAUGGUUCCUGCAUCCAAAGCAGGCCUGGUCAUUGGCAAGGGUGGAGAAACAAUCAAGCAGUUACAGGAGCGUGCCGGAGUCAAGAUGGUCAUGAUUCAGGAUGGGCCACAAAACACAGGAGCAGACAAACCUCUCAGGAUUUCUGGCGAUCCUUUUAAAGUUCAGCAAGCCAAAGAGAUGGUGAUGGAGCUGAUCAGAGACCAGGGAUUCCGAGAGCAGAGAGGAGAAUAUGGAUCCAGGAUGGGUGGAGGUGGAGGUGGAGGAGGUGGUGGUGGCGGCGGCGCAGGAGGAGGAGAGGGACUGGAUGUGCCUGUGCCACGUUUUGCUGUGGGCAUUGUGAUUGGCCGGAAUGGAGAAAUGAUUAAAAAAAUUCAAAACGACACUGGAGUUCGAAUUCAGUUUAAACCAGAUGAUGGCAGCACACCAGAGAGGAUAGCUCAGAUCAUGGGUCCUCCUGAUCGGGCGCAGCAUGCAGCCGAGAUCAUCUCGGACCUUCUGCGGAGCGUCCAGGCCGGUGGUCCUCCUGGACAUGGAGGAAGGGGCCGGGGCCGUGGUCAAGGCAACUGGAACAUGGGUCCUCCUGGAGGCCUGCAGGAGUUUUCUUUCACAGUUCCUACCAUGAAGACAGGCCUCAUUAUUGGCAAAGGGGGUGAAACAAUUAAGGGCAUAAGCCAGCAGUCCGGUGCCAGGAUAGAGCUGCAGAGGAAUCCUCCACCCAACGCAGACCCCAACAUAAAGAUGUUCACAGUACGGGGAACACCGCAGCAGAUCGACUACGCCAGGCAGCUGGUUGAGGAGAAGAUCGGGGGUCCAGUCAGCCCUAUGGGUGGUCCUCAUGGCCCACCUGGCCCCCAUGGUGGCCCUGCUCCUCAUGGUCCACCUGGUCCACCAGGACCUCCUGCACCUAUGGGACCUUACAAUCCUGGUCCUUACAACCAGGGACCUCCUGGACCACAUGGUCCUCCUGGGCCGUACCAACCUCAGGGCUGGGGCAACGGCUACCCACACUGGCAGCAAGGUCAGCCAGAUCCCAAUAAAGCAGCAGCUGAUGCUAAUGCAGCAGCAUGGGCAGCCUAUUACGCUCAGUAUCAGCAGCAGCCUCAGGCCCCCAUGACGCCCACCACUGCUGCUCCAGGAACCACACAGACUAAUGGACAAGGUGACCCGCAGACUCCAGGUGAGACUGGACAGGCAGAUUACACCAAGGCCUGGGAGGAAUAUUACAAGAAAUUGGGUCAACAAGGACAGCAGCCGCAGGAUUACACGAAGGCAUGGGAGGAGUACUACAAGAAACAAGAUGUUGCAGGUCAAGCUGCCCCACAGGCAGCCGCAGCAGGUGCCUCUCAGGCCGGAGGCCAGCCGGACUACAGCGCAGCCUGGGCAGAAUAUUACCGCCAGCAAGCGGCCUACUAUGGACAGAGUGGCUCUCAGCCAAUGGGAGCAGCACCGCAGGCCCAGCAGGGCCAGUAAUGCGAAGUGGACAUAAAGUAAAUGCUACAUUGUCGAAAAAAUCCUUUAUUAAAUGUUCGGAUGCAGACGCCUUGAUGAAGAUCUUAAAAUUUCCUUGGUUUGUGUUUAAAGUAGAUCGCAACACACGGCUCCGGAAGUUCUUUUCCUUUUGUUCUUUGUUUUUUUUUCCCUCUCUUGUACAAAUGAACGGUUUGUUUUUAGUGGGAUAAUAUUGGUCAUUCCAGCUCCUUGUAUCUCAUUAUGUAGUUAGAGCUCAUGUCUAUGAACAAUAGUCCUUUUUUUCCAUGUAAAUCAUCUCAGUUUUAAAAUGAUAUACCUGUUGUGUUUUGCAAUAAAACAAAAUGAAACCUCCUGUGUUGGUAAGUGGGGACAGCAAAAGCGGGGAGAAAAAAAAAAACUUGUGUAAGAAUGUUUCUUUUCAUUUAUUGCUCAUUUGUUUUGUGGGGGUGGGAGGAAGUGGGAGGGGUUAAAAACUCAGUUGCCGUGGAUUUCAGAUCGUUUUUCUGUUUUGUCCAAAUUUUUACUGACUGAAUGACACUGCUGUCACUCCUGUUUCUCUCCAACUGUUCACACAGCUCGUUAUUUUUAGUUUUUAUUUCGAUUCCUGGUCUUGUUUUAGAUAUGACGUACAUACAUACGACGGAUCUAGUCCUUUUAUACUGCCUUUUUGAUUUCUUUUUAAACUGGUAAUUGGUGGUAGGAAUAGGCGGGUGUGUCUGAGAGAAGGUAACUUGCCGUUGAUGACUGCUUGCUCAGUGCUAAGGUCGUGAUGUUUGCUAUUUGUACUGUAUUGUUGCCAGUCGUGCUGACACAUGGUAGCGUGCACUGUUUAUAAUGUGAGACAAUUUCCCCCCUCACAGGCAAGUUUAGGACAGCGGUAAGCAAGUUUGUUUGUUUUUUUUUUUUUUUUUACUAAAACCAAACAAAAAUGUUCCUUUAUAAUAUAUAAUGUGACUGUAGAAGUGUUGCAAGCUUUUUAGUUGCUCUCUUUCUCAGUAUGCUGUUUUUUACAGGGCAGGUGAAGUGUGCUCAAUUAACAAUUAUGUAUUAUAAAAUUCCAUGUGCUCCCUUUCCAUAAUUUUGUAAUGUCCCAAAAUACAUACAUACCUUUUUUUAAAAAACUAAAGCAAAUUCAAGUGCAUAUACGUAUAUAUAUAUCUAUAUAUCUGCUGGCAUUUCUUAACCUUUAAAGCGAUUAAACAGAUCAAAUGCAAAGGUGCCCUGUUCUGCCCGUUGUGUGUUGGCAUUCCUCCAGUGUAGGCCUGUAAGAAGUGCGUUUUUUAAGGGCUGAGGAGUGUAUGCUGUGUGCUGUACCCCACCAGUGAAAUGAGAGCCCUCUGCUGUAAGUACCAACAUGUACAAAAUGGCCCAAAUUUUUUUUGUUCUGUCAAUGCAUUGUCUUUGACCAAUUAAAGUACUUGCUUAGUGCAUAAGAUGCGAUGCAAUGUUUACCCUGAAACUGCCUUUUUUAUUAUUAUUAAAAAUGUUUUUGGGUAAGUAUGUCUCUAGGCUGCGGUUUGGUUUGAUAUGAAAAAUAUUGAUGUCUCUCUUGAGCCUGUGACCUUGCCCUGUUCAUGAUUUGGACUGUUCAUAUUCUCGUGUUGAUAGAAUUGACACUUAGCAAUAUUUCCACUGUCUUAGUCCCUGUAGGAGAAUCCUAUUUCAAAUAAUGAACUGUGAAUGACAUUUACAUUUUUUAAAAUAAGUGCAAAUGUUCCAGUCAGGUCAGUUAGGAAAUGUCAGUUUAGUUCUUUAUUUUUAAGUGCCAUCAGACAUGAUGUUUUGCCAAGUUUUCUUCCAUUGCAUUCUGUGAUUUCAGUGGUAAUUUAGGCAGUUCUCACCGUAUCAAUGUAUAUUGUUGAGAUGUUGAUGUUGGCUGACAUGCGACUACCACUUUUCAGGCUGUCUGAUUUUUGCCUAUGAAUGGUUUUUUUUAAUUGCAAUUUGCCAUUGCUUCUUAAGUCAUUGAAGGCUGUCAAAUUGAUGCAAGUGAUUCAUUUGACUAUGUUGAUUAGUGGCGCAGUGAGCGGUGCAAUGUCUAAUCUUGCAGCGUCAUCCCAGACCUUAGGUUCUGCUGCAAUAACACAGGUAAGCUUAACCUAAGAAACCAAGUGUUUGAACCUGUGACUCAAAAGUCUUGAUGAUGUAUUUUACCUGACUCUAUUUUACCUUUUUUUGUUAAAAAUGUCAAUCUAGAAUAUCUAGGCUCAUGUCUUUAUAAAAUGUUGACAUUAGCUCUGAAAGCCACAGCCCUAUAAAAGUAGCUAUAGGAUGAUCUAUACUGAUAUUAAUGAUUUGCAUGUCACUGGCUGACGUGUAGCUCAAUGUGAAUUUAACUCCACACAUGCAAAGUAGAAGUUCUGUCUUUUUUUUUUUUCCUGUCUGAUUUGAAAUGCCGUUCUUGUUCAUUCGAUGCCAAUAUGUCCAAUGCUUGUUCAUUCUGAUGUUAGUUUUAGGUGUUUCACGUUAGGAUGGCUCAUUCAUUAUCACUGUAGACAUUUUCCCUGCCUUACCAAUGCUGCAUGCAGUUGGAAUAUUGUUUAACCAGGGAUCUGUCUUAGCUGUUAAUUCAUUGAUGCUGAAGUGUACACAUGUAUGUAUGCUCACAUGUCACUGGUUUAAACGCUGUGCUAUUGCCCUUCUGUAGUUCUAAUUCAAAUUGCUGCCUUCAUUCUCACUCACAGUGUUGAAGAUGCUGCAGGCAUAGGUCGUAGAAUCAGGUCCUGAGCUAGGUUUGUCCCUAAGGAGGAGUCUGAGUCUGUCCCUCCGCUGAACAUAGACCGUUCGAGGGCUCCAGUUAUAAGGUAAAGAAAAUGUAUCCUGAGGAAUCUGUGAUUUUUGCAAAUUUUAAUGUUAUUCGUUUAGGGCAAUUCUUUGUUGAUGCUAUAUUCUGAUAAGCUAGCAUUGUCUUAAGAUCAGUAACAACAAUGCUUUUUGAAUUGUCGGUUGAUGAAAUGGCCUGUCUGAACUGAAUUUGAAAUGAAAUUUUCGUACAUGCUUUGCCCUUUUGAUAAUAUGAUCUGAGUUAGGGAUUGUAAUGUGCACCAAUGCUAUAGAGUUGGAUCAUGACCAGGAACUUUUUUUGUUUGAUAAUUUUGCGUAGCAACUGUUACAGACAUGAUUUAGCUUUUUGGCAGUAAAUUGGAGAGUUUUUGAAUUUUUGCUGUGCAUUGCUGCAUAUGUUUUGGUAUGCAUGCAAUCUGCUCUUUCCUUCUGAGCAAAUUGUUCACAACAGAAUUCGUGGGGGUGUAGAAAAGAAGACUUAAUCGGAGGCUAUCUGAGAAAUGGGGAGCAUGCCUUAGAGGUAAACACAAAUGGUUUCCUGUACUGUUGAAACUCUCGAAUGUACAUUAUUAUUUUUGUUUGUUUUUGCUGGUUAUUGUUGGAUUUUUGACUGUUGAGAGUUGUUGACCUGUCCAUCAAUAAAAUUGUAAUGAUUGGA